AUGGCUACGAAGCAACCCUCGAAGACGACAUUCGAUGUCGACCGGGUCAUACAGCCUAUAUUCACCGGCGGAUCCGUCUCCAUUGACAGCGGUGCUCAAAUCCUGGCCUCGACGCUUGGCGAGGAAGCGGUGUUGACGGAUCCUUCUAACGGACGACAUCUUGCUCGGAUUGAGGGUGAUGGAGAAUCUAUAUCAACCUUGACCUUGACACCUUCCGGCUCCCACCUUAUUGUCUGCUCUCGAUCCCUAGCAUUGAGAAUUUUUUCCUUGAAGCGCUCUUCCGAUGACAGUUCCAUCGAGGCUUCCCUCAUCCGUACUCUAAAGCCGCACUCAACGCCGGUUGUGGUCCUUGCCGUCGACCGAACCGGUACACUGCUCGCGACAGGUGGAACGGACGGCGUGAUCAAGGUGUGGGAUAUUGUCGGAGGCUACGUUACUCAUACCUUUCGCGGACCAUCCGUCUUGGUCUCAGCCUUGCAUUUCUUUGAGGUUGCCGCUAGAGCAGAGGUGACGAAGUCUCGGAAAGGGAAGAAAGGUUCUCGGUCUCAUGACGACGCGGAUGACGAAGGCACCGAUAACACGACCACCACUAGCUUUCGACUUGUUUCCGGCAGCCAAGAUGGCAAGAUUCGCGUUUGGGAUUUGCACAAGAGGAGCUGCAUUGCCAAUCUCGAGUCUCACGUCUCCAACGUCCAGGGGCUUGCCUUCUCGCCCGAGCAGGAUACGAUUGUGAGCGCAGGCCGAGACAAGACGAUAAUUUGGUGGGACGUCAAGUCGUGGAAGAUUCGGAGAGUCGUUCCGUGCCUCGAGCUCAUCGAGACAGUCGGCUUCGUGGACGACGGUCGGUUGACAUUUUCCGCAGGAUCCUCUGGUUGCCUCCGCAUCUGGGACACGGAUACGGGAGUGGAACUCACGGCCAAGCAGUCAGAAAAGAGCGAGGAGGAAGCUAUCGUUUCUGGCUUUUAUCGAUCUGGGUUGCCAUUCAUUCCCCUCGUCCAGGUCGAUCACACGAUAUGCCUAUACGAACUGCCGGCGAAGGCAGGUGCAUCCUCUCUCGCCGAGCCGGAGCCCUUUCGCCGCAUCUCCGGAUCGCACGACGAGAUUAUUGAUUUGGGCUAUCUCUUGCCGGACAAGUCGAUGCUCGCCCUCGCCACCAACUCGGAGGAAAUCCGAUUGAUAUCCGUUGUCGAGUCGGAGGCUUCGAAGCCCGACGGUUGGUCAAAGACCGAAAAACCACACUUUGGGCAAGACGUGGCCUUGUUGCGAGGUCACGACGACAUUGUGAUAUCCUUGGACAUAGACUGGUCUGGGCACUGGAUCGCUACAGGUGCCAAAGACAACACGGCCAAGAUCUGGCGCAUUGACGCAGAGCAGGGCUCAUUCGUCUGCUGGGCCACCUUCUCGGGCCAUGCGGAGACUCUUGGUGCCGUGGCCCUUCCCCGAACGGUGCCGGCAGAUGGAUCCGCGGCUCGGACGGACCCUCUGAACCAUCCGCCCGCCUUCCUGCUGACGGGCUCUCAAGACCAAACGGUCAAGAAGUGGGAGAUUCCACGGACGUCGCAGCGGCAAGAGAAGAAGGCGGGAUCGCGAGCCGUCUUCACGCGCAAGGCGCACGAGAAAGAUAUCAAUGCGCUGAACGUCCACCACGCGGGUCAUCUUUUCGCCUCCGCGUCGCAAGACAAGACUGUCAAGAUCUGGUCGGUGGAGGAGGGUGAAGUCCAAGGCAUCCUUCGCGGCCACAAGCGAGGCGUGUGGUCUGUUCAGUUUUCUCCCGCGAAGCUGCCGGCGCUGCAGGGAGAGGAUGGGACCAUGACGGCCAAGGGCGUCAUCCUCACGGGCAGCGGCGACAAAAGCAUCAAGCUCUGGAACUUAUCCGACUACACAUGCAUCAGGACCUACGAAGGACAUUCCAACAGCGUGCUCAAGGUCGUUUGGCUCGGCCUGCCCGAGACGAAGGAGCAGUCGAAGAGGCCGAUCCUGUUCGCCAGCGCCGGCGGCGACGGCCUGGUGAAGGUCUGGGAUGCCAACUCGGGCGAGGCCGAGUGCACGCUGGACAACCACGAGGACCGCGUGUGGGCGCUGGCGGUGCAGACCGAGACGAACACGAUCGUCUCGGGAAGCGGCGACUCCACCGUGACCUUUUGGAAAGACACGACGGCCGAGACGCAGGCGGCCGCCUCGGAGGCUGCUCUCAAGGUGAUUGAGCAGGAACAGGAACUUCAGAAUCACAUAUUCGCCGGCUCGUACAGGGAGGCCAUCACGUUGGCGCUGCAGCUGAACCAUCCCGGGCGUCUUCUUCGCCUCUUCACGUCCGUCGUGACGACGAGCUCCCCCGAGCAAGGCAGCCUCUGCGGACUGAAGGCGGUGGACGACGUGUUGAGCACGCUGUCGGAUGAGCAGAUUUUCCUCUUGCUCCUUAGACUGCGAGAUUGGAACACGAACGCGCGGACGGCGCCGGUUGCGCAGCGGAUUUUGUCGGCGCUCAUCCGGAGCUAUCCUGCAUCCAAGUUCUCGAACCUCUCGGUGAAGGGUGCACGAGGCCAGCAGAGUCUCCAGGACGUACUGCAGGCUCUCCGGGUGUACACAGAGAGGCAUUACAAGCGGAUGGAGGAGCUCGUGGACGAGAGUUACCUGGUGGAAUAUACCCUGCAGGAGAUGGACAGCCUCGCACCGGUGGCCGGGCUCGACGACGUGGCCAUGCAGGAGGCGGAUGAGGAGGAGUCGGACGCGUAA